AUGUCUCUAAAUAUGGAUAAAGCGAUUCGAGGAGCGACAAAGCAAAAACGGGCAGCUCCAAAGAAGAAAUACCUAAACGUGUUGAUUCCAGCCACCGCUAGGGAUGAUACUUUAGAGACAAUGUUUAUGUCGCUUGAUUAUCGAUUGAAAGAACACUCGUGGACGGUCGUUUUCAAAAGCCUCAUUGUCGUUCACAUCUUAAUGAGAAAUGGUAGAAAUGAUCGUGUUUUAACCCAGUUGAUAAGGUAUCCGGGCUUACUAAACGUUUCAGGUUUUAAAGAUAAGUCAGGCUCUCACGGUGAAGUGCAAACUAAAAAUAUACAUUCUUAUGCCAUUUACCUUGAAGAAAAAGUAGCGGUAUAUCGAGAAUUGAAAAUUGAUUUUAUAAAAGCUACAAGCGAAGAAGGUAUUGGACGAUUGAGAAAACUUACUGUUGCUAAAGGAUUAUUAAGAGAAGUUAAAAUAUUACAGCGUCAAUUGGCAGCUUUAUUGAACUGCAAGGUGGAUAACGAAAUUACGUUAUUAGCUUUCAGGCUUUUGGUUAAAGACUUAUUGGUUUUGUUUCAAGCUGUAAAUGAAAGUGUCAUUAAUGUUUUAGAACAAUUUUUCGAAAUGUCGAAAAUCGAUGCUAAAGAUGCAUUACGAAUUUACAAGUCAUAUGUUAAACAGACUGAAAGAGUGGUAGAUUAUCUAGGAGCAGCGAAAAAUAUACAAGUUUCCCUUGAAAUUGAUAUUCCUAAUCUAAAACAUGCACCUAUUUCAUUGACUUCCUCCCUAGAAGAUUAUGUCAACGAUCCGGAUUUUGAAUAUAACAGAGAGCAAUUCAAGAGUGCAAGGGAAAAACGAUAUAAAACACCAAAAGAGAAGUCGAUUCCAACGAAACCCGUAAAUAAUAAACCUUUUGAAAACAAACCAGGAAAUGAUUCAAAAGUUGUUUCUACUGCUUCUUUGCCUGCUUCAGCCUUGACUACUCCAAGUAAUAAGAUCAAUACAACCAAAGAAAUUGACUUUAUUGAUUUUUUUGCAAGCAUUGAACAAGAACACACUGUGAUCUUUGGUAAUCAAUAUUAUCAAAAUACGAUCACAAAUACUUUAUCAACGAAUUCAUUGCCUUGCAAUACUGCUACUAAUCCUUUCUUAGCCAUGCAAAAUCAGAUUCCAAUGCGACAAGACUUAAGUCAACAAAUAUCUCAACCUGUAUCCACAAUACAAGAUACAAAUCCAUUUCGUUCGUCAAUAUAUGUUCAAGACCCAGUUCCUAUAUCACAAGCCGUUGUACCUUAUCAGAAUCCAUUCUUUCAAUCAUCAACUAUUAAUAAUGUUUCAAACCCUUUUGAUUCAAUUGAUUCCGGAGCACAAUUCCAACCACAAUUAUCUCAACAAACUAUACAACCCUCAUUUACAUCAACUUCAACAAACAUAGAUAAUAAUCCUUUCAGAAGGCGAUCUGUAACUCCGAGGCAGCAGACACAGUUCACGGAUUUUUUACAAUCAAUGCAUUCUCAAGAUUCAUCCGCCUCAAGUUUUCAAUCAACAGAUUCAGUAUUCUCUCAUAAUCAAUUUUCGUCAUAUUGA